GGCGGAAGUGAAAGCGGGGAGGCGGUUGGGUCCCAUUAAAGCCGAGCUGAGGCGAUCGGGGGGAGGCAGCGAGUCUCGGGCGGGCGCCGCGGCCACACGCAGCACGUUUAAAAGAUGACUUCUAGGAAGAAAGUGUUACUGAAAGUCAUCAUCCUUGGAGACUCUGGGGUGGGAAAGACAUCACUCAUGAACCAGUAUGUGAACAAGAAAUUCAGUAACCAAUACAAGGCUACGAUAGGUGCAGACUUCCUGACGAAAGAAGUCAUGGUGGAUGACAGGCUAGUGACAAUGCAGAUAUGGGAUACAGCAGGACAAGAACGAUUUCAGUCUCUGGGAGUUGCCUUCUACAGGGGAGCAGACUGCUGCGUGCUGGUAUUUGAUGUUACGGCCCCUAACACAUUCAAAACCCUAGACAGCUGGAGGGAUGAGUUCCUCAUUCAGGCCAGUCCAAGGGAUCCUGAGAACUUUCCUUUUGUUGUGCUGGGAAACAAGAUUGACCUAGAAAACAGACAAGUCACCACAAAACGGGCACAAGCCUGGUGCUACAGUAAAAACAACAUCCCCUACUUUGAAACCAGUGCCAAGGAGGCCAUUAACGUGGAACAAGCUUUCCAGACAAUUGCACGAAAUGCACUUAAACAGGAAACCGAAGUGGAGCUUUACAAUGAAUUCCCCGAACCCAUCAAACUAGACAAGAAUGACCGAGUGAAGGCUUCUGCAGAGAGCUGCAGCUGCUGAGGGGAGAGGGAGGGGUUGAGCACAGUCCUUCACAAAACAAUAUCACACUUAGGCCUUCAAACACACAGCCCCUCUUCUGUGUUUAAAACGAUUUAAAAAUUUCCAUCUCCAGCUGCCAAAAUCCACCCAUUUCCCAUGAGCAUCUGAGUCUAGCACUUUAGAGCUCAUGUCCCUGCACCAUCCACAUCACACUUCAUGGUAACAGACCUUUCUCUUAGUUUAAAAUGGAAACUCUUAUGUAUGUUUGGAACUGAAUCUAAUUCCAGGUGUCCAAUGGAGAGAAACUGUUUACAGGUAAUCUGUGUAACAAAUCACAUUUUUAACUGUCUUGGUUUUUUUUUCCCCCUGUGAAGGCUGCAACUGGAAAGGCUGAUUACCCAUAGUUCAUUGCAAGCUCAGCACUCGGUCCAACUAGGUUGAGUUUUGUAUGUAUCUCUGUUAAUGCUUGUUACUUUUAACUAAUCAGAUCUUUUUACAGUAUCCAUGUAUUAUGUAAUGCUUCUUUAGGAAAAAUCUUAUAGUACAUGUUAAUAUAUGCAACCAAUUAAAAAUGUAUAAAUUAGUGUAAAAUUCCUGAAUUACAUGUUCAAGUACUGAAACACAGAUUGUCUAGAAAGUGAGGAGGACACUUGUGAACUGCGGUGUGCUAGCAACACAAAGUCCAGAUGGAGGCAGUAUUUUGUACAGUAGAGACGAACGAUGUGUAAGCCUUCUUGUUUUGAAGCUGAAGAGCUUCAUCUUCUAGAAAAAUCUGUUCAGCUUCCUUGUAUCUAAAUUCAGAUUUGCAUAACAGCAAUGAUAUGCACACUGGAUUAAUGAGUUUUAAAAGAUUUAAAUACAGCUAUGAAAUGACCUCAUUUGUUCACCUCCCCCACUGCUUAACUCCUAACAUCCUGGAGCGAAUGUGAGAAGGAGUCAGAUCUGAGGUGUUCCAGUGGUUCUCUGUGUUGUGGAAGGAGUUCCUCUCCCACCUGGGUUGUGGUAGCUGUUUCUCAAUGAAUGACCUGGACUACAAAUCUUCCCUUUCUUCUUACUGACUGCUAAUCUGGAUUUUUUUUUUUUUUUUUUGGUAUGAAGAAACUUGGCAAUCUAUUCCCUUUCCUCUCCUCCUUUCCUCCUGGUAUUUGUUCUUGCAUUUGUAGCUUGCUUAAAUGGAGCCCCUCUAUCUGUUUUCCAGAGGUCUACAUUCUAGUACGUAGGCUGAGCUCUUAUGUAAAGAGACAAAUAUGAUGCCAAUAAACUUAACGAGAACAAACCGUCCUGUUUACUCCUGCUUUUGACUCUUUUCUUCACUAACAACUUGCUUCCUUUCCGCUGUGCGGUCAUUUUAGCAAGCCAGUGCCUGCCCCAGAAGGAUCCAUUCCUUAUUGUAGAGCCUGUGCUCUGCGUGUUUUUGAAAGUGGUGGUGAAGGCCUCGCUUGCUUGGGUGACCCCAGAGACUAACAGGGCAACUUGCACUCUCCUUCUUGAAGCUGCUUGCAGUGGCAGGAAUUGUGCUGGAUCUGGUCACUCCUACAUUAACCUACUCAUUCAGCUCUGUUCUAGGUGUGCUGAAACACUUGUGCAAGGGUGGAGGCGAUAGCAGUGCUGUUCAGCUCUUGCUACCAUCCUCAGGGAGGUGCUGGUGAAAAGGGCAGGCUACUGUCCUGGCCCAUCCCAGCUCCUGGGGUCAGGCCAGCCUUGCAGGAGCUUGCGCAGGCUUUCUGCUCCUAGCUGAGGCUGUAGUUAUGGGCUGCAGUGCUGGUUUGCCAGUUGCACAAUGUCACAGAUCACCUGGAGUUAGUGUUACGAAAAGGGACAGAGGCUGGCUGCUGGGUGGAGGACAGAGUUGGCACUUAGUGGGCCCCGGUAGUUGGGGGUGCAGCUCCCAGAGUGACUUGCAGCUCUUAGCAGCAAUUUGCUGGAGUUCUUUCACUAAAACAAGACCUCACCUUUUACUAGCGGUUUUUGGUGAGCUUUGCUCCUGGCUUAUGGUACCUUAUAGUGAGUUAAGACCUUUCCUUGGUGGAGUCCAGUCAAGCCUUUAAUUCCUGGAUAUGAUGCUCUGCUCUGUCACCUCUGCUUGCUCUGCUAUUCCACAGCAAACUAGGAAGCAAAGCUUAAAGAAAUGAGGCCAGUUAUUUGAAGAGACUUCUAACAGACUUCUGUGCUCUGUAUGCUAUUGUGUGGCUUCAUCCUCUCAAUUCCCCCACCCCCCAUGACUGGGCUUUUGCUGUCCAAAUCCAUUUCAAACAUCUAGCCUGCAACAGCACUGUAUCCUGGUGGGACUGGUUUCCUAUCUGCAUCUUUCUGAAAGGCUCAGACCUGCUAGUCUGUAGCAUCAGUCUAUACUUACUUUCUGUAAUUGUAGCAGGGAGAAAGCCAAGUGGAGGGAGGGGGCAGGGCAGAGGGGAGCAAUAAGCAUUAAAGGAUGCGUUAGGGAAGGGGGAUGAUCCUAACUCUGCAUAUUCUUUCUGUUGCUUGUGCCUCAGUUCCUGGAGCUGAGACACAGGCUUUAGCAUGGAGAAGAGAGGGAGAAGAGCUGGAGGGGUGUAUAUGUUACCCAGUGUGAUAACUAAGGGUCAUCAAAUAGACCUGGCAGCUACACAAAACAAGAGGAGAGUGUUCUACAUGAUGUAGUUGAGCUGUGGAGCUCCUUGCCACAGGAUGUUAUGGAUUUUAAAGGGGUGAGGGAGGGAGAAUUAAAUGCUGCCAUCUACAAAAAAAAAAAAAAAAAAAAAAAAAAAAAAAAAAAAAGCCCAGUAUUUUGGAGGUGGGAAUAUGCGCACACAGGUGCACAAUAGAGGUGUUUUGUGGUCUUAAAAGCACUGUUAGGUAGCCUUGAUCUACCUGUUGCAGGAGGCAAGCAAUUUGGGAUUUUGUGUUACAAGUUUUCCUAGCUGUUGUACUCCAAGAAGCUGAUGCUGUCAGAGACAGCUGGGGCUGGUGUUCUUGCGUGAUUCACUUGCAUCACCACUGUGAUUUGAAGCAGCCCUGGACUGAAGAAGCUGGCCGGACUGAUAGUCCCUGCAGGCUAUAGUGUGCUUAGGGUAAACCAUUUGUCUGCUCAAGAACACUCCUAAGGUACCAACAAUGCUUCAUGGCUUUUACUUCUGCGCUGACCUUUUUACCUGAUGAGUUACAGAUGCAAUGAUGUGUGCUAUGGUGACUUGUUGCUGGACAAACCACAGAGGCAAAUCUAGCCCUGGAAGAAGCUGGGGCGUCUGGCUGAUCCCCCGAGACAGCCUGGCACGCGGGAGGCAGAGGACUGGUUCUGUUGUUUGCCCAGGUCCUGGCUGGACUGGAGGGAGAGGCCUGAAGAGCGUGGCCAGCUGGUGGAAGGGGAGGGGAAUCGGCGCAGACCCGUCCAUGAGGAGGGGUGCUUAUUGUGAGACAUGGUUUAUUUUAAAUUUGCUUUGAAAUGAAUUCGAUUUUCAUUCAAA